AUGAGUCGCCAUGACAGUGGUCCCGGCUCAUUGAGCAAGCUGGGCAAUAACCCUGGCGCUUCGAUAAUGGCAUAUUGUCUCGCGUCCAUUAGCAUGACAUUGAUCAACAAAUACGUCGUGUCUGGAACGUUUUGGAAUCUGCACUUUUUCUACCUUGCGGUUCAGUCCAUUGUGUGCAGUGUAGCCAUCAUUAUAUGCAAACAAGCCGGUCUCAUCAAAGACCUUGCACCCUUUGAUGUUGGGAAAGCCCAGAGAUGGUUUACCAUCUCCGUCCUGCUCGUGGGGCAAAUCUACACGGGCAACAAGGCGCUACAAUUCCUCUCGGUGCCCGUCUUCACCAUUUUCAAGAACCUGACCAUCAUCGUCAUUGCCUAUGGCGAGGUCCUGUGGUUCGGCGGGCGCAUGACCUCGCUCAUGCUCUUGGCCUUUGGCCUCAUUGUUCUGAGCUCCGUCAUCGCCGCCUGGGCCGAUAUCCAGGCCGCCGUCGCCGAGGCCAGCGGCAACGCCUCGCAGGCCUCGGCCACCGUGUCCACCCUCAAUGCCGGCUAUGCCUGGAUGGGCAUGAAUGUCUUUUGCGCCGCCGCCUUUGUCCUCGGUAUGCGUCGUCGCAUCAAGAGCAUGGGUUUCAGCGAUUGGGACACAAUGUUCUACAACAAUGCAUUGACUAUUCCCGUCCUGGUGGUUGGAACCGUCCUGACCGAAGAUUGGUCCAGUGAGAACGUGGCCCGAAACUUUCCCUUGGAAUCUCGCAACGCCAUGAUGAUUGGUAUGAUCUACUCGGGUCUCGGAGCCAUCUUUAUCUCAUAUUGCUCGGCCUGGUGCAUUCGCGUCACUACUUCAACGACAUACUCCAUGGUCGGUGCGCUCAACAAACUGCCCAUUGCCAUCAGUGGUCUCAUAUUCUUCAAUGCUCCGAUUACAUUCGGUAGCGUGUCGGCUAUAGUUUUGGGUUUCAUCAGUGGUUUGGUAUAUGCCUGGGCAAAGAUUCGCCAAAAGGAAGAAACAAAGAUGACGCUUCCGACGACAAAUCCUUCCACCUCGACUGAAGGCCGGGGCAAGAAGGAUGACGCGUAG